GUUUGUUCUCCUGUCUAACUCCAUGGAGGAGAGCGCUGCUGGAGACUAGGAAUACUGGCAGGGAUGUGGAGCUACCGGAACUAGGGGAAGAGCCUGGAGAGGAUGAGGGGCACAAGGAGCUCACAUGGGACAGUGAUAAUCUAGGACUGGGGUUCAUCUUCCUGACUGCUUUCACUGUGAGGCCGCUCAGAAGGUUCAGUGCUUUACAAGUAGCAUACUGUGUGUUCCUAUUGAGAUGUCCCUUCCACCCUGGAUCUGUCGCCAUGAACCGAUAUACAACAAUCAAACAGCUUGGAGAUGGCACAUAUGGCUCUGUCCUUCUUGCAAGAAGCACCGAGUCAGGGGAGCUGGUUGCCAUUAAAAAAAUGAAAAGGAAGUUUUACUCAUGGGAGGAGUGCAUGAACCUUAGGGAGUUAAAGUCUCUGAGGAAGCUUAACCAUGCGAAUGUUAUUAAACUGAAAGAAGUAAUUCGGGAAAAUGACACCCUCUACUUUGUAUUUGAAUACAUGAAGGAAAAUCUGUACCAGCUGAUGAAAGAUCGGAACAAAAUUUUUCCUGAAUCCACCAUCCGAAACAUUAUAUACCAGAUACUACAAGGGCUUGCUUUCAUACACAAAUAUGGGUUUUUCCACAGGGACUUAAAGCCAGAAAACCUCCUUUGCAUGGGACCAGAGCUUGUGAAAAUAGCUGACUUUGGACUAGCUCGGGAAACAAGAUCUAGACCACCUUACACAGAUUAUGUGUCUACUCGAUGGUACAGGGCACCAGAGGUUUUACUUAGAUCAACAAGCUAUAGUUCCCCCAUUGACAUCUGGGCUGUUGGCUGCAUCAUGGCUGAAAUUUACACUCUAAGGCCUCUUUUUCCAGGCUCCAGUGAAAUAGACACCAUUUUCAAGAUUUGCCAGGUUUUAGGGACCCCAAAGAAGAAUGAUUGGCCUGAAGGUUACCAGCUUGCUAGUGCAAUGAAUUUUCGCUGGCCACAGUGUGUGCCAAUUAAUCUAAAAACCUUAGUGCCCAAUGCAAGUAGUGAUGGAAUUCAGAUCAUGCGAGAUAUGCUACAGUGGGACCCCAAAAAGAGACCAACAGCAAGCAAGGCUCUCAGACAUCCUUAUUUUCAUGUGGGUCAAGCUCUUGGUACACCUCAAAGAAUUCAAGAGUUAACAAAACCAGUGAAAGACUUUCAAGAAAAGCAACUUCCAUUGCACAUCAAACCUGUUCCUCCAUCUCAGCCACCACCCAAACAUCAAUCCCGACUUUCAUCACGAGCCCUCCAGCAAAGCCAGUCAAAUGGGCAACCUUUCAAACUGAGUACAUCUAUAGCAGAUGCUGUGAAUAACUCCAUUGAUGGAGAAGGAGGGCCCAUAAAGAACUCUAUUCUGCCAGAACUAAGCAGCAGGGCUGCUCCUCUUAAGUUUGCCUCUAACUUGGAGAAUACUACUCUGAACCUGAACACAAAGAACAGAAGACGAUGGGGAUACAUAACAAAAAUGGUCAAGAGCUCAGAUGAGUGGGAUGAUUUUCAAGACCUUGAUAUUGGCUCUUCGAAUAGUAGAACGGAAGUAAAGAAUGAAAAACCUAGACCAACUGGUGAUGGCUCUUCUAGCAGCUUUGAGAGUAUUUUAGAUUUGAAGGAAGACAGUGGUACUGCUAGACCUGUGCGCUCCUCGUUCUCUCGCCAAGACACUGCGGCAUCCAGGAGAACAUCAGCAAAGCAACAUUACCUGAAACACGCCAGGUAUUUGCCCGGAAUAUCUAUUAAAAACAGUGCUGGAAUUAACCCUCAUAAAGAUGGAAUGAAUUCCUUUAACCAAUUGCCACAUAUUGGUAUGCCAAUGAAACCUGUUUCUGUGCCAGCAGGACCCACCGGAGGUACUAGUUACAUUCCAACUUUUUGGAAACAGGAAUUUAAUUCUGUUGGGCCAAAGACUCGAUUGGCACCUCUUACAGACCCCUCUUCAAAGUUUGGAUCCAUAAAGUCUUAUGGACCUUAUCUGGGACAGUCUACCAUCAACUCUCCAUUGAAAAGUUCUCCUACAUUGUCUCCCAGGCCACCACCUGCUCUACAGCCAAUUCAUGCGAGAACAGACUGGAUGUCAAAAUAUGGCGGGCGCAGAUAACAAAGCAUAGCACUUUAUUUGGCAUGUAUUAUGUCAACCUCUAUGGCCUACAACUUUGUGUACUAUUUUAGGAAAUACUCGAGAAUAGACAAAAGUACCUGCUCAAUGAUACGGAGAGCCAUAUCUUGGUGUAAAUACUGACAACCCUCUUAUAACCUACUCUUUAUUUUAAGCCGUUUCUACUAUCUUCUAAGCUCCUCCAGCUUCCAGGCAUCACUAGAUGAUAAAUUCAAAUGCUUUUUAUGUAGAGGUGAGAAGGGUGUGUACCUUUUUACCAUGCAUGUCUGACUGUUUUCUCCAACAUCAGAUAAUAUGGGGCAGUUGGUAACUACUGAAGAUGGUAGAAAGCUGCUGAUUAUAAUCUAAUUUAUACAGCCAUAACAUUUUAAGAUCCUACAUGUUUAGAAGAAUAUUUAGUGUUUAACACUUAAAGGUUUCUUUAAACACACUUCUUGUUUCAGGGCAUAUAUUUUUACUGUUUAUGUAUUGUUUUUCACAGCAGAUACUAAGAGAGAAUUUCUAAAACUAUGCCAGGUAAAACUUAGUAUUUAAGAAAUUGCUUCUUUUACCUCUUAAGAAGUUCUUGUCACAUUUGCUUUCAUUUUACUCAUCCACGACUGCUUAUGCACUGUCAGUCACCCAUUCCAGCAAUUUCUAUGCAAGACUGUAGCCGAAAGAAUACAUUUUUCAUCACAGGCAGUCAGUUCUGAAGCACGGAGCAUCAUUUAGGGAAUGCAGAUAUGGUGGCUUUGUUUAGUAGGACUUUGAAUGAUACUGUAGAUGGUUUUUAUUCUCUGUAAUUCAGACGUAUGACAAAGCUGGUAAGUUUACAUUAAAGGACAGGAAAUUGGUAGCCAGCUGCAAGAUAUUUACCUAUAUGUUAAAUAUAUACAUCUGUAUGUACAUGGACAGUCAUGGCCGUAAAUGUUGGCACCCCUGAAAUUUUUCUAGGAAAUGAAGUAUCUCU